AUGGUGAUAGCAGAUACACUUUCGAGACUGUCACCAAGGGAGGGAGACGAAAUCACUGGAAUGCAAGUGAAAAUUCAUAAUCUGGAGUUCUCACCUGUUGAGCUCCAACAGAUAAGAGAAGAAACUGCUAAAGGUGGAACUCUCCAAAUCCUCACCGAGCAAGUUAUGGAAGGGUGGCCUGAUAGCAUAAAGAAAACUCAGCAAGCAAUAAAGCCUUACUGGAAUAACCGAGAUGAUAUCUCUAUUCAAGAAGGAGUUCUACUAUUAGGAAGUAGAAUAAUUGUUCCAAAAUCACUCCGGCAGAAGAUAUUGCAAGAAAUCCACAGUGGUCAUCAAGGGAUGGAGAAGUGCAAACUCUGCACAAAAUCAUGUGUCUAUUGGCCUGGCAUAUAUAAAGGGGAUUGA